UAAACGACACUCCCGAAAGGCCGAAAUGAAUUAAAUAAAAAAAAAUAAUUUCCAACAAUAAUAGUAGUUUUAUUUAUUUUUAUUUUUUGGGCUUUCCUUUCUUUUCCUUCUCUGUUAUUGAAAUGAACGGAGAAGGAAAAAAAAGCGAUGAACUGAAAAUGGAGGUAGUUAAUAGAGAGCGUGUAGUUUUCAUGUGGGGAUAUUUACCUGGAGCGUUACCGCAACGAGCUCCGCUUGUAUCGCCGGUUCUUGUGCGGAUUCCGGAUUCCAUUGACCAUUCUUGGACCGACGUAUGCGGUGGCGGUUGUGGAUUCGCCAUGGCCAUUUCUGAUUCAGGGAAGCUUAUCACUUGGGGUUCAACUGAUGAUUCAGGUCAAAGCUACGUUACAUCAGGGAAGCAUGGGGAAAUUCCAGAGCCAUUUCCACUUCCAACCGAAGCUUCUCUAGUAAAAGCAGCCGCUGGCUGGGCACACUGUGUUGCAGUUACAGAAAAUGGCGAAGUUUAUACAUGGGGGUGGAAAGAGUGUAUUCCCUCAGGGAAGGUAUUUGGUGAUCCAUCCACUGGGACUAGUUUAGAGAAGGAUGUAUUUGAAAGACAGAACUCUUUGACAGAGCAAGUGAGCCCUCACUCUCAAAGCUCAAGAUCAAGUGGCGAAACAUUUUCUGCCACCAAUACUAAAGGAGUUGGAGAGGAAAGUACAAAAAGAAGAAGAAUAUCAUCAACAAAACAGUCUGCUGAAAGCUCAUCAUCUGGUGAUGAAACUGUGUCGGCAUUGCCAUGUCUCGUAGCUCUAAAUCCGGGAGUCAGGAUUGUGACUGUAGCUGCCGGUGGGCGCCACACUCUAGCAUUGUCAGAUAUCGGGCAGGUCUGGGGUUGGGGCUAUGGUGGUGAGGGACAACUUGGUUUGGGUUCUAGGAUAAGAAUGGUAUCCUCGCCCCAUCCUGUCCCUUGCAUUGAGCUAUCUUCUUUUGGGAAAGAUAGUGUUGCUGCAUGUUCUCGAGGUAGCUUGUGUUCAGAAGGGCAGGGUUUUAGAGUUCCUGGAAAUUAUGUAAAGGGGAUAGCCUGUGGAGGACGACACAGUGCGGUAAUCACAGAUGCUGGAGCAGUACUUACUUUCGGUUGGGGACUCUAUGGACAGUGUGGGCAAGGAAGUACAGAUGAUGAAUUAAGCCCGACGAGUGUAUCUUCCUUACUGGGCAUCAAGAUAGUGUCUGUUGCGGCAGGACUGUGGCACACAGUUUGCAUAUCAGCUGAUGGUGAUGUGUAUGCGUUUGGGGGGAAUCAGUUUGGGCAAUUGGGAACUGGUGGUGAUCAAGCAGAGACUCUCCCCAGGCUCUUGGAAGAUCCAAGUUUGGAGAAUUCGCAUGUAAAAGUUGCAUCGUGCGGAGCUCGUCACAGUGCCAUAAUUACAGAGGAUGGGAAAAUAUUCUGCUGGGGAUGGAACAAGUAUGGCCAGCUCGGCUUGGGUGAUGUGAUUGAUCGCAGUACUCCCUCUCAAGUUACUAUUGAGGGUUGUCGCCCAAAAAACAUUGUGUGCGGCUGGUGGCAUACCCUGCUUCUGGCUGAGUCAGCCAGCUGAGUACCUUGACACAUACCUCAGAACAGUUUUGUCAGGUUAGCAGUGUUUCUAAGUUGAUGUACCAUUUAAGUUAUAUGUAUAUGUACAUAAUCUAGCUCGUAUAGAUAUACAUAUACAUAUAUCCAUGCUCUGAUUCUUUCAUGGCUGAGGUUCACCAUGAUUAGGUUGACUGAAGAUGUUUUCUUUUUUUGGGGGGUCUGAAUCAAGAUGUUAUACAUAACUAGAUUCGUUGUAUAUAUUUGUAGAUCUCAAUAGUAAUUUUUUACUAUAUGGAAUUAAGAUGCCUGGAAAAGCAUAGAUUUGGGUUGUAAAA